UUGUUCUCACUCAAACGAAAAGUUGUAUGAGUGGCCAAAGGAUAGCAGGGCACGUAAAUGGACAUCUUUCGUUCGCACGAAGCGAAUGAAUUUCAUGCCAUCAUCGAGUAGUGUUCUCUGCUGCAAACACUUGGAAGAUGCCUGCUUCCUUAACCGGUCUGCCUUUGAUCAAGGAUUUGCCAAAAACGGUGGUCCCCGCCCGCCAUGGGACCCGAGCGAGUUUUCCCGCCUUGCGAGGACGACGACAAGAACCCGCGCGAUGGAGGGACGGCGUGGAGCGGCGGUGAGGACGAGCAAGAGGACGACGGCGCGGGCUACUCCUACCAGCCCCUCAGUCAGGACCCGGACGACGGGGCGCACGGCGGCAUUCAGCACAGGAUGGAGGUGAUGGGUCUGCACCUCCCCGAGGCCCCGCCCCCUGACAGUGACGAGGAGGACACAGAGAAGGCGGAGGCCGAGAGAAGCCGAGCUUCCAUUCCUAUGGAUGCGGCCCACGUGGAGCUGGUGAAACAGACCAUGGCGGCGGUGGCGCUGCCCUCGCCUAGCGUUCCCGCGUGGGCCCGAGAGAUCUCCGACGACCAAUGGCGCGACCUGGUCCAGCGCACCUUGCGCGGUCGCACAUGCACUGACUAAAAACUUCCUGAUCGUCGCCUUUUUCCGCUCUCACAUUAAACGUAUGAAAUGUGACUGUUUUGUUUUUUUCAGAUUCUCAACCAUCAACUUUAAAGCAAGUACUUUUACUUGAUUUUUGUUUUUCUCAGACACUCGUACUUUUUGCAUCUGGAUCUGUACUUAAAUUACAAAAAAAAAAGUGAGUACUUCAUCUACCACUGUUUUAGUUGAUAGCAAUGUUUUUUAACUACUGUCUGGUGUGCCAUAGAAAAUCAUCCACUUUCACUACCUAAUUGAUGUUGGUAAUCAUGCAUUACUCUUCCAAAUCAGUAUGUGUCAAUAGUUAGCCAGUUACAGUGGGGGAAAUUGUGCACUCAACAUGAAAUGACGUGAAAGCCACAAAAAUGUUUGCUAUGCUAUGCCAAAAAUGCUAUAAUGCAUUGUUGGAUUUUUAAAGAAUUUAUUUGCAAAUCAUGGUGGGAAAUAAGUAUUUGGUCAAUACCAAAAGUUCAUCUCAAUACUUUGUUAUGUGCCCUUUGUUGGCAAUAAUGGAGGCCAAACGUUUUCUGUAACUCUUCACAAGCUUUUCACACACUGUUGCUGGUAUUUUGGCCCAUUCCUCUAUGCAGAUCUCCUCUAGCUCAGUGAUGUUUUGGGGCUGUCGUCGGGCAACAUGGGGUUGAGAUCUGGAGACUGGCUAGGCCACUCCAGGACCUUAAAAUGCUUCUUACGAAGCCACUCCUUUGUUGCCCUGGCUGUGUCUUUGGGAUCAUUGUCAUGCUGAAAGACCCAGCCACGUCGCAUCAUCAAUGCCCUUACUGAUGGAAGAAGAUUUUCACUCAAAAUCUCUCGAUACAUGGCCUCAUUCAUUCUUUCCUUUACACGGAUAAGUCGUCCUGGUCACUUUGCAGAAAAACAGCCCCAAAGCAUGAUGUUUCCACCCCCAUGUUUCACAGUGGGUAUGGUGUUCUUCGGAUGCAAUUCAGUAUUCUUUUUCCUCCAAACACGAGAACUUGUGUUUCUACCAAAAAGUUCAUCUUUGGUUUUAUCUGACCAUAACACAUUCUCCCAGUCCUCUUCUGGAUCAUCCAAAUACUCUCUAGCGAACCGCAGACGGGCCUGGACGUGUACUUUCUUCAGCAGGGGGACACGUCUGGCAGUGCAGGAUUUGAGUCCCUGGCGGCGCAUUGUGUUACUGAUAGUAGCCUUUGUUACUGUGGUCCCAGCUCUCUGUAGGUCAUUCACUAGGCCCCCCCGUGUGGUUCUGGGAUUUUUGCUCACCAUUCUUGUUAUCAUUUUGACGCCACGGGGUGAGAAGGGAGUUGAAAGUCUGUGUUGCCCAACGACAGCCCCAAAAUAUCACUGCUCUAGAGGAGAUCUGCAUGGAGGAA